UCUCCUUUCCCUCCCCUCCCCCUCCGUCCCUGACUCCCUGCCUUCUCCCCUCCCCCAAAUCUGGGAUGACCCCCAUGUGCUGUGGGCCCCGCUCCACUGGGGUGUAGGCUGGACCCUCCCUGCCCCUGCUCCUGCUCCUCUGCGUGCCCCAGGGCCAGGACUCGAUUCCUUCUGCCAUCUGUCUUGGCGGGACCGCCUCUGCCAGCUCUCCUGGGCAGUGGGCAGGUUUAUGGGGCGGCCCCUGCACUGUUCCAUUGGUUCCUCAGAAUUGUCUUGUGAGAAGGAGCAGCCUCUGUGGAAGGGAGAAUGGCACCUGUGCUCCUGAUGGCCAGGGCUCUCCAGGAGCCAGUGACCUUCCAGGAUGUGGCGGUGGUCUUCACACAGGAGCAGUGGGGAUACCUGGACCCUUCUCAGAAGGAGCUGUACCGGGACGUGAUGCUGGAGAACUAUCAGAACCUGCUCUGCCUGGGGCUGGCCAUGUCCAAGCCUGAAGUGAUUCACCAGCUGGAGCGAGGGGAGGCUCCUUGGAGGCCAGAAGAGAAAGGGCCACAGAGCACCUGUCCAGAUGGGGAGGUGAGGCCUGAAACCAAGGAGUCACCCCCAGAGCUGGGCAUUUCUGUGGAGCAGUCAUCAGGCCAGGACAGACUCAGGAGGCAUGGUCUCUGUGUCUCCAGCUGGAAAGAAGCCUGGGCACGUGGUGCCAGAUUAGGGAGGCAGCAGAGCAUUGAGGAGAGAAAUCCUCAGCAAGUAGUGAAGGGCCCUGAAUGGCACAAUUAUGGCCAGAGCUCCAGGCCAGAACCAAAGCUUUUCUCACAGCAGAGAGUGUCUAUGGAAAAAACUCUCCACAAGUGUGAUACAGAAUGUAGUAGAAUCUGCUCAAAGGAAAUGUUUUCUAAGUAUGAUGAAUGUGGGGAUUCCUUCAAUUCUAAAUCAGAGUGUAUUGACUAUCAUAGACUGUAUAAUAGACAGCAACUUCAUGAGCAUAAUGAAUAUGGGAAGGCCAUCAAACUAAGCCCAUCCAUUAGUUUAAAUCAAGCAAUUGACAUUGAAGAGAAAACCUCUGAAUAUGAUGAAUUUGAGAAGACUUUUCCCUUGAAUAUACAGUUGAUUGGAUACCAGAGAGUUCACACUGGAGAAAAACUUCAUGAACACAAUGAAUAUGGGAAGUCUUUAGCCCAUAGUUCAUCUCUAACUUCUUAUCCAAAAAUUCAUGCUGGAGAGAAACCUUAUGAAUGUAAAGAAUGUGGGAAGGCUUUUGGUCACAGGACACAGCUUACUGUACAUCAGAGAGUUCAUACUGGAGAGAAACCUUUUGAAUGUAAAGAAUGUGGGAAGGCUUUUGGCUACAAAACCAAGCUUACUUUACACCAGAGAAUUCAUACUGGAGAGAAACCUUACGCAUGUAAUGAAUGUGGGAAGGCUUUCUGUGUGAGAACAGAUCUUACUCAGCAUCAGAGAAUUCAUACCGGAGAGAAGCCUUAUAAAUGUAAUCAAUGUGGAAAGGCCUUCCGCGUGAGCAAAGAGCGCAUACGACAUCAAAGGAUUCAUACUGGAGAGAAACCUUAUGAAUGUAAUGAAUGUGGGAAGGCCUUCAGUGGGAGAGGACAACUUACUCGACAUCAGAUGAUUCAUACUGGUGAGAAACCUUAUGAAUGUAAUGAAUGUGGUAAGGCCUUUGGUGGGAGAGGACAUCUUAUUCAACACCACAAAAUUCAUACAGGUGAGAAACCUUAUGAGUGCAAUCAGUGUGGGAAGGCUUUCAGCCGGAGAGGACAUCUUACUCGACAUCAAAGGAUUCAUACUGGAGAGAAACCUUAUGAAUGUACUGAAUGUGGGAGGGCUUUCAGUCGUAAAGGACAUCUUAUUGGACAUCAUAGAAUUCAUACUGGAGAGAAACCUUAUGAAUGUAAUGACUGUGGGAAGGCUUUCCGCCUAAAAGAUCACCUUAUUCAGCAUCAGAGAAGUCAUACUGGAGAGGAGCCUUAUCAGUGUAAAGAAUGUAGGAAGACUUUCUCUGUGAGUACAGAUCUUAUCCGUCAUCAGAGAAUUCAUACAGGAGAGAAAUCUUAUGAAUGUAAAGAAUGUGGGAAGACCUUUUAUAUGACCAGAGAUCUGAACAGACACCAGAGAAUUCACAUUGGAGGGAAACCUUAUGAAUGUAAAGACUGUGGGAAAGCCUUCCGCCUGAGACAUCACCUUAUUCAACAUCAGAGAAUUCAUACUGGAGAGAAACCUUAUAAAUGUAAUGAAUGUGGGAAGGCCUUUGGCCACAGUACAUAUCUCACUAUACAUCAAAGAAUUCAUACCGGAGAGAAACCUUAUGUAUGUAAUCAGUGUGGGAAGGCGUUUGGCCACAGGACACAGCUUACUGUACAUGAGCGAAUUCAUACUGGAGAGAAACCGGAAUGUAAAGAAUGUGGAAAGGCCUUCCGCCUCAGCAAAGAGUGUACAAGACACCAGAGAAUUCAUAUUGGAGAGAAAUCUUACGAAUGUAAUCAAGUUGAGAAGGCCUUCAGUGGGAGAAGACAGCCUACUGAACAUCAUGUUCAUAUUGGGGAGAAAACUUAUGAAUGUAAUCAGUAUAAGAAGAUCUUUAGCUGAAGAGGAUGGUAUGAAUGAGAAAAUUCAUACUGAAGAGAAAUCCUAUGAAUGUAAUGAAUGUUGGGGGGUGGGGGUGAGGGGGGCCCUUCAGCCAGAGAGUUUAACAUCAGAGGAGACAUGCAGGACGGAAGUGUUAAAUGAAUGUUACAAAUUUCAGAAGACUUUUUGUUGGAACAGAGUGUACCUGACACCAUAGAAUCCGUAUUGGAGGGAAACCUAUUAGAUGCAAUCAAUGUGAGAAAGACUUUCUUUUUAAAUACAUCUUUUUAAAAAAAAUUGUGUAGGUGUGUGUGUGUGUGUGUGUGAGAGAGGCAAUUGGGGUUAAGUGACUUGCCCAGGGUCACUCAGCUAGUAAGUGUUAUGUGUCUUUUUUAAAUACAUCUUAUCCAACAUGAAAGAAUUCAUAGAAUAGAGACCUAAUGACUGCAGAGAGUGUGGGAAAGUCUUCUAUGUGAAGAUAAAUCUUGUCAGACAUCAGAAUAUUCCUAUGGGAGAGAAACUAUGAGUGAAUAUGGGAAGGUCUUCCACCAAGAGAUCACUGUCAACACGAGAAAAUUCAUACCAGAAUUAUGCUUUAUUAAUCUAAUGAAUUGACAAGGUCUUUGGCUUCAGAAGACAGGUUACUGAACAUCAGAGAAUUUAUACUACAGAGAAACCUUUUAAAAAUAUAUGUAGGAGAGUUGCCAUCUGAGCACAGAAUUUAUUCCACGUCAGAGAAUUCUUAUUAGAAAGGAACUAUAUCAAUGUGAUGACUUUGGGAAGGCUUUCCACCUCAAAAAUCGCCUUAUUCAGCAGAAGAGAAGUCCUUCUGGAGAAGAACUUUAUGAAAAAUCUAGGUAGAAGGCCUUCCCUGUGCACAGGGUUUACUUGCCAUUAAAGAGUUCAUAUUAGAAGAAACCUUAGAAAUGUGAUGAUGUGGGAAGACCCGUGUGGAGGCUGUUCAGCCCCUACCUGAGAAUUCAUCCUGGAGAGAAAACUUAGGAAAUUAAUGUUUAUAGGUGAGAGAAACCACUGUGAGAAGGCCACCUGCUUGACUGGACAGCUCACCCAAUAGCACAAAUGCCAAAGUAGACAAAAGGACAAGGAUAACAGAAGAUCUUUUACCAAAUACAGAGCUUUGUUGGCCUCACAGUAUUAGCUGUAAUGACUUUGAGAAGACUUUCUGCUGGAAUGAAUCCUUUAUCCCACACAAGGCAAUUAAUUCUCGAUAAAAAUUUUAUGAGUAUCAAAUAUUCUGGGGAUGUUCCUUUGGCCCAGGAAUUCUUCACCUUUUCUUGUGUCAUAGAUCUCUUGUGUUGACAUGGGUACCUGUUGGCUUAUGGACUCCUCAGGAUAAUGUUGCUGAAUGAAUAACAUAAAAUCCAUAGGGUUACAAGGGAAAUCAAUUAUAUUGAUAUAUCAUGAAAAAAAAUUUUUGGAAGCUCUUUGGCCCCAAGUUUAGAACUCCUGCUCUAGAAGGCAGGACUAGACUGGGAAGAUUAUUGUGUCAGUUUCAAUGGUUCCAUUUUUUAUUUCUCUGUAGCAGUGCCUACAAGUCUUUAGAAUUCCUCGUAUUCACAAUUUCUCAUGCCAUGGAAUAAUAUUCCAUUACAUUUGGUGCCACUGUUUGGCCAUUCCUCCUAUCAAUUUACACUGACUCAGUUUCCACUGUUUUACCACUACAAAAGUGCUGUUAAUAUUUUCAUGUAUUUGAUUAGGAAGAGAUGAUACCCUGUGUGCUAGGUCGUUUAAUUCUGGGCUCAGUUCAUCCUUUUUGCCUACUUGCAGUGUCUUUCUAAGGUGUGUAUGUCUGUGUGUCUGUAUGUAACCAUACAUAUAUAAAUGCACACAUGUGCACAUACACUGAUGGUCAAGCUCUAUAGGCUGUCCACCUAACUUAGCAUCUAGACAAAAGAUGUUCCUCAUCUACAUGGUUUUUCACUAUGGUUAGAUCACACUUUUGAGUGGUUAUAGAUCUUAUGUGUCUAGUGUCCAGUGUCUCUGCAGGGUUGAGGAGCUAGAUGCAGCUAGAACUCUCCAGGAAUCUCUUUACCUUGGACUUGGUGCUGGAUCUCCUUAUGAGAGUAACAAAGAUAAGUGACUUUUGGGAGGAUUUAUCUCCCUCUUGUGUCUCACCUGAUAGUAACUCUGGAGGGUCAUCAAACAUGGUUUCAUGGCAUUUUUCACAAUUUUGAUGUGAUAACGGGAGACGUAGUUGGAAGAGAAUCUUUAAGUCAGCAUUUUGCUUUUAGAAGCAGAGCUUCUAAGAAUUGGGAGACAUUUCCAAAUUACUUUCCUCUGUUUAGACCACAUCUUAAGUAUCUUGAGAGAAAAUGGAAUGGGAAAGAGGUUUGAAAGACCUAAAGACUAAUCAGUGAAAUGACCAAUCAACUUCAGAAGACUGGUAAUGAAGCAUUGUUCCUACCUUUUGGCAGUAAAGGGGUGUGCAGGAUGAGAUGUAUGUUAUAUGUUGUCAGGCAGAGCCAACAUGUGAACUUGUUUUGCUAUAAUUAUGUUCUAUAAAGGAGGAUUUUUAUUUUUUUGUGAGGUGUGACAUUGUAUGUUUCAGUUAACACGCUUUAAAAACAGUCUAUUCACAUUAGAGAUUUACAGUUUCACAUGCAAUCUGUGUUCUUUGUAUAUUGGAAUGUUCAUGUGUGUUGAUGUUAAAGUCACAAUAAAAAUAGAAAUGAGAGAUACAGUAGUAUAUAGGAGGAGCCAACCUGUGGAUUUGGUAAUCUUGAUUUAUAGAAUAAUCAUCUAAGAAAGGAGAAGUUUCUGGUGAGGAAACCAUUUAUCUCAAUGAGGGUCUAGAAAUGGUAUUGUACAAGGAUUUGGGGAGGAGAUAGAUUCGUG